AUGUCCAACUUUAUCUCAGAUCCCAAAGAAGCAGCACAAGUAAACCGUAAUAUUACAUUUGAUAAUAGUGUAAAAAAUUUACAAAAUGAAUUUUUAACAUUUAUAUCGUCUGGAUAUUAUUAUUUUACACAAGACAUAUGUGAUCAAAUCAAAAAUAUAAAUAGUGCACUAGAUAAUAUUAAAUUAGAUCAUGAAUUACAGAGCGGUAGUAAACAAUGGGCUAAACAAUUCGAUCCAGAACAACUAAAAUACAACGAAAGAGGCAUAAAUGAUCUAAUUAGCAAAGGACACGAUCUUAUCGGUCAGUUUCAAAUGUGUUUGCAUAAAGAUCUUAUUCAAACAAAAGAGGAGAAUCAACUUAGAGAACUUAACAGUUGGGCUCAUGGCGCUGUUCUACAGUAUCUUCAGGCAAUUCAUCCUUAUGCUAUGAGUUCUUAUUCUCGACUCGAUAAUUUGGCUCAUCAUUUAGGCGUAACCGAUCGUUACAUCGGAUAUCGUAAUAAUUUAACACGUGGUGCAGCUAAUAUAUUUGACACUCAUUUUACAUGGGCUGAUAGAAAAUUACCAGGACUGAAAACAGCAGGACAGUUGACACCUGAUUGGAGACACUGGGUGCAUGCAUUUAAACAUUAUAGUCCACCAUCUCUAACCCAAUCAACGCAGUUUGGCAAUGUUCAACGAUCAAACAGCAUGUAUGGCAAUCAAAAAACAUUAGGCUACCUAGGAUCGGGCAAGAGACAACAGCUACCAGAACUUAAACGUCCAAGCACAACACCCGUGACAUCUCGUAGUUGUAUAAAUUUAUAUAAUCAAAAUCUGUUUCAGGAUUCAGAAACACUUGCACGAAAGGCCGGUAUUAAUCCCUACUUCCCUGGUGAAACCGAACAUAUGGACCGUUUUAAAAAACCGGAAGAGUCUCAGUAUGCACCAUUUACCAUAAAUCCACAACCUGAUUUUACUCUACCGGGACGACCAUUAACACAAUUAAAGCCAGAUGCAUUAUAUUCGGAAUAUAAUGUUCGAUACGGAUGGCCAGACGCUUCAAGAAUCGAUAAAUUUCCUUGGUUACGUUAUUGCUGA